AUGCGGUCCAAUGCCCUGCUGCCCCUCUGGCCCCUUGCCGUUGCUGCCGUUCCCAACAUCAAGCGACAGACAGUCACCGAGACCUUGAUCCCGACGACGUCCUUCACUGACUUUGACACGUAUUGGACCCAGCUCUACCCCUGGGGAACCGAUCAUAAUGGGGGGGCGCGCAUGAGCGAGAGUCAGGUCGCCGUGGCAGAUGGCAUCCUGACCAUCACGGCGACACCCGUCGAGGGCGAACCGCCGGCAACAAACGGUGGUGUCGAGUACCCGGUCAAUUACCUCUCGGGGGCCAUUCACGCCUCGCAGACCUUCGCCGUGGCAGCGGGUGGAGGCUACGACUUCAGUGCCGAGUUCUUGGCUACCACGACAUACGGCACCUGGCCGGCCUUCUGGCUCACCGCAGUCAGCGGCUGGCCGCCAGAGAUCGACAUGGCCGAGUGGAAGGGAUCGGGCGAUGUCAGCUUCAACACUUUCAACACCAGCAGCAGUGUCGCUACCCACGAUGUCCCCUAUCCCGACGCCGACGAGUGGCACUCAAUCAAGGUGCAGCUGCGCGACGAGAACGGCAGCAGUGUGCGCGUCAAGUACUUCUUGGAUGAUGUCGAGCAGACCACGCACUAUGGCAAUAACUACAUUGGAACUGCACUGUACUUGAUCAUCAACUUGCAGAUGGAGGGAAGCUCGGGAUCACCAGGCCCCGACUACGAUGUCACGUACUCGGUCCGCAACCUCGAAGUCCUUAGCUACCAGUGA